AUGAAUUCUUCUAGAGUUAUUAACACCUUGUUCGGCUUCUUUGGCCGAAAGAAAAACAAAUUAAUUUGGACAGGAACACUUGGAGAUCUUAAAGCUUUCGUUCUGACGAUAAUUGAUGAGCAAGCAGCCCAAAGUUCGAAAUGGCAUUCACCUAGCGGCGGAAAGUGGUGCUUCAAUAGCGAGCAGCUAAAAGUUGAGUGGCACUCAAAGAGCGAAUCUAUAUCCUUUGAUGGAGCCAAAGCCAAUGAUUUAUGUGAUCAAAUACAUAGUGUCCUUUUAAAAUCUGAUUAUCAAAAGAAAAAUCAAAACAGCGACCUUAACAAGUCAUUAGAAUCCUUCAUAGCUGACGCGAGCGUCGAAGCGUGCAAUAUUAAUUUGAACGAAUCGCCUAGAUUAUAUACUUCUUUACUGCAAGUCAGUAAUGUAUCCUGCCUAAAUAGCAAAGAUAUCAAUUGUGAUGAAAUCCCCAGUAAUCCUGAAUUUGAAAUGGCAAAUUCUAAAUCUG